AAAGGAUCUAGGUCGCUUUUCAAAAAGUGUGUUUGACAGGUGCAUCGCCUGAAAUCUCAGGAAAAAGUGUAAUAUGUGUCCAGUAACUAUUUUUGCAUUAUCUCAAAAUAGUUGUACAGUGAAAUGUGUUUGAAUGCUUCGAGAAGGCGUGUCGUAAAACUGGACAGAACUAUAAAUGUGGAGUAAAAUGGAAGCUACCUGAAAGUUGGAAGUAGCACUGGAAGGUAUACAAACAACAUGGCUACGUUACCAUCCUAAAGUACGGAAAAUGCACGCGGGCUUGCGAAUGCUGACGAUACGUUGGGGAAAUGUUCUGUGUAUUUUGUUUUAUGGGGAAACCAAACCUGUCAUUAAAAAUAUGCCAUAAUGCUGAAAUCUGGCCAGAAGAGGCCUAAUAACUCGAGUAAGACAAGAUCCACGGUUGGUUCUGACUCGGCUGAGCAUUGGAGACAGGGAGUUCGUGAAACUGUACUUACUGCGCGAUCAGAUGGAAGUUUGAACUUUUCAAUCCAUGGAGGUUCGGACAAUGGAGAAUUUGCGUAUUUGAGUGAUAUCGUACAAAACAAAGUUAACUAUGUCAGUGGAAAGUUAAAUGACGGCGAUGUUGUGUUGGAGAUACAGGGACAGAAGGUUGCAGGCUACACUCAAAGAGAUGUUGUGGCGUGGUUAAAUCAUUGCUGCAGGAACGGAAAUCCAGUCGUCCUUAAAACUGUAGAUGCCUAUAUAUAUUAA